AUGUACAGGUCUACAAAAGGCGCAUCCAAAGCCAGAAGGGACCAAAUCAAUGCAGAGAUAAGAAACUUAAAAGAUCUUCUUCCUAUCUCCGAAGCAGACAAAGUUCGGCUAUCCUACCUUCAUAUUAUGUCUCUAGCAUGUAUAUACACCAGGAAAUCUGUGUUCUUCACAAGAGAACAUGCAAAGGAUGAGUUGGAAAGCAUUCUCUCAAGCCAAGACUUACUGGAUUUUGUACACAGUCUCCCUGGUUUCCUACUGACAUUCACCAGUGAAGGAAAAAUUAUAUACGUGUCCGAAAACGUGGCUGACCAUCUUGGGCAUUCAAUGGUUGACUUGGUGGCACAGGGAGACAAUAUCUAUGAUAUCAUUGACCCUUCUGAUCAUUUUGUCAUGCGAAACCAACUAGCUAUGCCAUCAACUCUUGAUACUGAGCGAAUGUUUAGAUGCCGAUUUAAUACAUCAAAGACAGCAAGAAGGCAGAGUGCUACCAACAAACUUGUUCUGAUCAGGGGAAGGUUCCAGCAGCCUCCGUCAGGCACCUACUGGUCAUCUAACCCAGUUUUCACAGCCUUCUGCAUUCCCCUGGAUCCGAAGCCCAGGGUCACACACAAUCACUUCUUAAUAGACUUCUUUGAGAGUCGACAUGCAAAGGACCUGUCAGUGCUGGACAUCUCGGACAGCUUAUCUUUACAUUUGGGUUACGAGAAGAUUGACAUUAUCUGCAAAUCGUGGUACAAUCUUAUUCACCCAGAAGAUCUCACACACCUGUCGAAUCAGCAUUACAGACUCCUGAAUGAAUCUAACGAUUGUCGAAGUGAAGCUGUGAUGCGCCUGCUCAGAAAAGAUAAUCAAUGGAUUUGGGUUUAUUCUCUUCUUUUACUGGAGAGCAGUGAUGUGCCCAUCACAUCAUACAACUAUAUUAUCAGUGAGUCAGAAGCUUGGUGUUUAAAGCAGCAACUCAUUUCUGAAGAGACUCCCCUUUCAUUUUCAAUCGCUGGCCCACCUUCCUAUCAAGAAACUCUACUCUCCCCAGGGGACAUCUCCAGCCCAGACCAAGUCUUCACUCCCCAUGCAAAUACCCCCACAAGUGCUGGACAGUCCUUUGAGUUCUCUGAUCACACACCAGUAAGCCCAGAAGAUCCAAUCCUUUGCCAGGGCAAUGCUCCACUACUGGAAGAGUCUGUUGCUCCUGAUGGACAGUUAGAGAACCAAUCUCUCUUCACCCUUUUCCAACCAGCCCCAUAUGAAUCAACCUUUAGAAGAGAUCAACAUGGGACACCAACGUCAAAAGAUUCAACCUGCACUCCUCCUUAUACACCCCUCCAAACCUGCUCGUUUUUGUUUGGGACUCCAGAAAGUGCUCAACAAACAACAUCUGAUCAAGAAUCAACCAACCUUACCCCAGAACUAUAUUACUCCUAUUGCAGUUCCCUCUAUGAGAAGCUGCCCCCAACACCGGAUAGUCCUGGGGAUGGUGGUGAUUGUACAGUUAUGACAGUCCCUGAAAUCCCAGGGCCCCUCUUUGUGGAUCUGCCAAUGCUUCCAGAAAGUUUGUUGACUCCAGAAACUUCACCUAUCAACCAGGCUAUUUUCAGGUACAAUGAACAAGACAAGACUGAAAUAGACCUCUUGGUCAAGCAGAUAGGAUCACUGGCCAAUGUCUUUAGUGUUGCCAACAAAGACAUCUCAUGCUCCGAAAGCAUGGUCUUUGGUGGCCAUGGACUAACAUGCAGAAGUAUCUCACUCCCAGCAAAUCUUCCAGAUAGUGAUGCCUCCCUGCCUUUCACUCGUUCCUGGAAGAGCAUCGAUUUCUCUCUCUUCUUGACAUGUCAAGACCCAUCCCUCCCAGCUAGCGGCCACCAGGUCUGCAGUCUAUUCAAAGACUUUCCUGACUCACCUCCAUUUGCAGCUGCAGGAUCCCCCUGCAGUCCUCUGGAGGAAGAUGAAGUAGGAGGGAACCUCUCUGCCUCUCCAUCCUUAACCUCGAACGUGACGACUGAUCUGUCGCCAGAAGAAUGUAACUUCUUAGAGGAACUGAUGUCCUACAAAACAGACCUUGAGGCAGGUGCCUCAGAGAUUCAAUGUGACCGGUUUAAUGAUGAGUUGUAUCAACUCCAGAUUCAGCUGCAAGACGGCUUCCAGCAAGAUGGAAGUGGAAAACCUUCGUUCUGA